AUGCAGGCCGACGUUUUCCAAGGCGACACCGACGAGCAACUGAUCGUCUUCGACGACGAUCGUCCGGACGACGCGUCGGACGAGGACGACGACCCGGGUAAAUACGGCGAAGACGCGAUGCCGGACGAUUUCUUCGACCAAUUCGUGAAGCAUAAAAUCCCAGGAACACGCGUCACGAAUACGAGUGCGAAUAAAAAGUCAUCAUCAUCAGUCAACGAAGGACUUCUUCUUCCCCUUCGUUCUGUGACUACGAGUGAACAACAACCACAGACGACGACGACGACGCUCGAUCGAGAAGCAAAACAACAACCAGAAAACGAUAGUAACAACGACAAAAUUCGAAUCGAACGAUUGAAAAAAGACGCGAUUGAAGCGACGGAAACGAUUCGCGCGGUGGAAGAAGCGUUGAGAGACGCUUUAGAUUGGCCGUUGAGAGGAGAUUCAAAUCGAAUGUGCUCUCGAACAGAGUUGAUUGGUUUAGUGAAACAUUUAAAAUCGGACGUGUUAGAAAGUCGAGAGAACGCGAUGCGGGCGCGAGAGCAAUUGACAACGAUGAAGGCUUCUUCGUUCAGCGGCGGUGAUGGUGGAAUUCCAUCGAAGGUUUCCAUAAACAACUUCGCCGUCCAGCUCGAGCGCGUAAAUAGGGAAAAAGACGCGCUCGAACGAGAGAGGAAACGCGCGGAGUACGAAAACAGGAAAUAUCGACAGGUUGUGGAACAAAUGAGAGAGACGAAACGAGACUGCGAGAUUGCUUUGCGAAAAACUUUGGCAAGGUUACAAAAGUACGAGCGCGCGUUUGAUGCGGCGGAUAUGAAGAAUAGAGAGUUGCGAGAUCGAAUACAAUCUAUAUCGCGAAGGUUAGUCGAGAGCGAAACGAAAGUCGGGGAUGCGAAGAUGCAAGUGGACGUGGCGGAGAAGAGGACGCAAAGAGCGAUUCAAGAGAUGGAGCGAGCUAAAAGCGUUGCAACGACGAGGACCGAUCGUGCACAAAGUGCGGAGUUACGCGCGAAGCAAGCCAUAGAGGAUGCCAAGGAGAAGAAGAAGGAGAGGGACGAGUUGUUUCGAGAAACGAGGGCGUUGGAGAAGAAGUGUUUGGAUUUGGCGACGAAUAAUAAUUACGGCGGAAGGAACGAGAACGGAAGAAGUCACACGAACGAACACUCGAGAACAAUAGCAGAACUUUCCGCUUUAUCUCAAGAAUUAGCGAGAGAGGAGAUGAUGACGAGAAAACGGUGCGAAGACGUCGAGAAGGAAAGGGACGUUUUGCGAUUGGAGUUGGUAUCGGUGCAAGCUGAAUUGAAAGCGAUGAAAGAAGAGAUUAAUAGGGCGCACGAAAGGGAUAUUAAUUACGUGAUGAGCUCGAGCGGUGGUAAAGGGUUGACAUAUCAUCAAGAACAGUAUCCACCGCCGCCGCCGCCGCCGCCGACGACGACGACGCUGCAGCAACAGCAGCAGCAAACGGAAAUGACAGGGGCUGGCGUUGAAGAAGCCACGCCUGGUUUUGGAUUUUUCCAAACGACGACACAACCAGCCACUGGACGCGUGCUUCAGUUUGAAAGAGAAGACGUACCUAAACCGAGCGAAAGCAUAGCAUCGUUGGAAAAAGAUCCAGCGAUUUCGGCGACGGAAACGACGACUAAGUCGACAAUGACGCCGCUCGCGGAGAAGCAGAAAAACUUGGCGCUUCUCAAAGAGUUGGCCGAAACGAGACGCAUGAUAAAAGAAGAGCGCGCAAUGCGACUCCAAGCGGAGCAAAAGUUAGCAACCUAG